CCCAUUGGUUGCGGAGAAAACGGCGAGCCAAUCCCUAUAGGCCUUAGCGCCCUCCUCUUGAGAUCACUUCCGCCGUUGGGGUCAGGCUCCGUCCAGCCCGCCCGGCGUGCCCCGUGCUGGUGAAGUCAAGAUGGAGGAGUACGCACGGGAGCCGUGCCCCUGGCGAAUUGUGGAUGACUGCGGUGGGGCCUUUACGAUGGGUACCAUAGGUGGUGGGAUCUUUCAAGCAAUCAAAGGUUUUCGAAACUCUCCAGUGGGAGUAAACCACAGACUACGAGGGAGUUUGACAGCUAUUAAAACCAGAGCUCCACAGUUGGGAGGUAGUUUUGCAGUUUGGGGAGGUCUGUUUUCCAUGAUUGACUGCAGUAUGGUUCAGGUCAGAGGGAAGGAAGAUCCCUGGAACUCCAUCACCAGUGGUGCCUUAACAGGAGCCAUACUGGCAGCAAGAAAUGGACCAGUGGCCAUGGUUGGGUCAGCAGCGAUGGGUGGCAUUCUCCUAGCUUUAAUUGAAGGAGCUGGUAUCUUGUUGACAAGAUUUGCAUCUGCACAAUUUCCCAAUGGUCCACAGUUUGCUGAAGACCCCGCCCAGUUGCCUUCAGCCCAGUUACCAUCCUCACCUUUUGGAGACUAUCGACAAUAUCAAUAGGACUUCUUUCCCAGGAUUUCUUCAACAGAACGAGCUGUAGUUCAAGAAAGGAUGUCAAAAGAUCAGGUUACAGUCUGUUUUCAAAACCAUAGAUGGGGAAACUAUGGUCAAAUAGGCAAUGAAGAGACAUUUAACACUUUUCUAUUUAAAGGAACAUGGAGGGGGGGGCGGGAUAUAAAAGAUAACACAUUUAUUUAUUCACACUGGGAUUGCAUUUGUGAUGAAAAUAAAUGUCUCUAAUAUUACGAGUACUCAGAAGAUGAAGGACCAAAGGGCAAACAGCAGUGAAACAUGACCAUUUCCUUGGCAGCAGCUGUGCCUGGUUUGUGUGUUCUGUUAGUCAAACAAUAAAAUACUCCUGGAACUUGCUCUUUUAAGCUAAGUUGUAGAGUUCUGCUUUUCAUCCUUGAAUCCUUCAAAUAAUGCAAAGUGCGUUGGAUGUUGCACGUUUAUAGUUAGGCUCUCACCCUCCCUGAAGUGAAUCGUGUGUGAGAAGAACCAUGCAGGGCCAGCAUGGAUCAGUCCGCAGGAAAUAUCUGAUGGAUUGAAGGCCACGGUAAAAACUCACCCUUUGCUUCAAAAAUAAAGUGUGCUAUUUCCUGGUUUUGAAGAUGUCAGAUUCACACCUGUCUACCUUUGGGGCUACUGCGUCUUGGUUCUUGAUCAUCAGAACGUCACCAGCAACGACUUCGUUCCGAUAUACCCAGUUCUGUAGGGCAAGAGUUUAUGAAGGGUAUAAGUAGCUCUGGAAAAGUUUGGUGUUUAUUAUGUGCUUGAAAAUAAAAUAUAUGCUGUUUUUAAUGUG